GGUUCCUCACUGGCCGAUGACGUCACGCCCAUUGAUCCCGCGGCGUGACCCGAGUCGAAGGUGACAGCGGCUGAUAUCCACGUGCAGCCUGGCCGCGUGCAUGAGUGUGGGAGCCCUGAGCGUGAGGGCAGCCCCGAGUGUGGGAGCCCUGAGCGUGAGGGCAGCCUCGAGUGUGAGAGCCCUGAGUGGGAGAGCCCUGAGUGUGGAAGCGAUAGCCCCGCGUGGCUGGCUGUGGCAGGCCGGCUGUGUUGGUCACUGGUCAUUGUCUCCCCGUGUCUCUCUCGGCGCCUCGGGGAGGAGGUGGAGGAUGUCCGUGGGAGAGCAGAACAGCGUGGGGGAGCGGGUGUCCGCGAUGAGGAAACCUUACCGGGGCGACGAGGAGACUUUUGAGGAGUCGCAUCUGUCCUCCUUGGACCCCAUCCAGCAGUUUGAGGAUUGGUUCGUGGCAGCCACAAAGUGUAAGGAGAUUGGAGAGGCCAAUGCUGUGUGCGUGGCUACCAGCACCAGAGAUGGGAAGCCAUCUGCUCGCAUGAUGCUGCUGAAAGGCUUUGGAAAGGAUGGUUUCAAGCUGUACACAAACUACUUGAGUCGUAAAGCUGGUGAUCUGGAUUCGAAUCCCUUUGCUGCUCUGGUCUUCUACUGGGAGCCUCUCAACCGCUCUGUGCGCGUGGAAGGCCGCGUGCAGCGCCUCUCAGAGCACGAGUCAGAGGAGUACUUCCAGUCUCGGCCGAAGUCCAGCCAGAUCGGAGCCACAAUAAGCAAGCAAAGCUCCGUCAUCCCCAGCAGAGAAAUCCUCACGAAAAAGAACGCAGAGUUGGAGGAGCAGUACAAGGAUGCGGAGAAGCUGCCUAAGCCAUCUUUCUGGGGUGGGUACCUGCUGGUCCCGGACAUGCUGGAGUUCUGGCAGGGCCAGACGAACCGCGUACAUGACCGCAUCGUGUUCCGGCGCGCACAGGAGGACAUGCAGCCCGACGGGGUCCUCACGCACGAGGCUGUCAGUGGCUGGGUCUACCAGCGACUCUCGCCCUGAGCGCUGCUCUGAGCACGAGGGUGGUGGUGGGGGGGGUUCGGUGGUGGAGUAAUGUCAGUGUAGGCAUGCGGAGAACACAAACCAGCAGCAGCAAUAGUGGUAGAGGGCCUGUGGGCACUAAUCACUUGAAUUUUGUCAGUGAAAAUGUUCAAAAUGAUCUGCCAAUAAAUUUUCCGUAAAAAAGUGUAUAUGUAAGGCCGAAUUACCUAAGGGUAGUAAGUUCUUCUGAAUAAUAUAUAUGUUUGCUUAGCACUUAAGUCACCAAAGGGAAAAUUAAGUAAUAUAUAUUUGGAUAAUGGGAGAAUACACAUCGCACACUGUACUGAAUACCUGGACAUCACCGUGCAACAUCACUGCUGAAAGUCUGACAGCCACGUUUUCAACGUAAAGUGCUUAAUCAAUCAUUUUGUCUUUCUCAGCUAUUUUUAACGUGUAGUUCUGAGCUGAAUAUGUAAACCUCAGUGCUGUUUAGUGUUUUAAGGUGCAAUUAAGACAUUGCUAUAUAUUCUUGGUUCUUUCGGUAAAGUCACGAAGAAGGGAAACAAUAAAAUAAUAAAAAUAUAAAACAAUACAAUUAUCACGACGUUUCGACUGCAACACAAGCAAUCAUCAUCAGGUGUGAA